ACUAGGAGCUAGAUUUGACUAUGGUAAAAUUUCCUCCGAUCCAAGGUGUCUUGGAUCGAUUAAAGCGUUUUUUGGCAUUGCGUUUCCUUGACGUUUACUGAAAUGACUGGCGUUUUAAGCAGCACACAGAACAUCGGGAAUGGCGUGCACAAUUGUUCAGCAAAGUCUGACUCCGAUGAAGAUCUCCCUUUGUCCGAAAAACUAAAACGCAGUCGGAGUCAUCUUUCUUCCAGCGACGAUGACGACGACGACAUUCCACUCUCUGUCAAGUUGAAACGGAUGUCGAAGAAGCCAAAGUUGGAGCCUUUCGAGAAUUCGCAUGACUCCUUUUCCUAUGCCGACUCUAGGAACCAGAAAUCAAUUAAACCCAACAAGCCAAAAAUUAAACAAGAUCCGACAACCCCCGUAAAACAAUCCACCACCGAUAGGUCGUCCAAAACAGAAAAAUCGGAAGAAGAGGUUUGGAAAUGGUGGGAAGAAAAGAAGAAGGAUGAUACAGUGAAAUGGACAUUCCUUGAACAUAAAGGACCCGUUUUCGCUUCGCCAUAUGAGCGGCUACCGGAGUCAGUGCGUUUUUAUUAUGACGGAAAACCCAUGCGCCUGUCGGAGGCUGCAGAGGAAGUCGCCGGAUUUUACAGUCGUAUGCUAGACCACGAAUAUACCACAAAGGAUAUCUUUAACAAUAAUUUCUUUAAGGACUGGGUUAAGACCAUGACUGAAGAAGAGCGCCGCACCAUCAAAUCCCUCAGCAAAUGUGAUUUCAGGGAAAUUCAUGCUUACUUUCAAAAACUAUCCGAGGAACGAAAAAAUCUCACCAAAGAAGAGAAACAAAAGUUAAAGGAGGAAAACUUGGCCAUACAAAACGAAUACGGAUAUUGUAUCUUAGAUGGUCAUAAACAACGUAUCGGAAAUUUCCGCAUUGAACCUCCAGGUUUGUUCCGCGGGCGUGGCAAUCAUCCAAAAAUGGGGAUGCUCAAGAGACGCACUUUACCCGAACACGUGAUUAUCAACUGUUCCAAAGAUGCAAAAGUUCCUGUCCCACCUAAAGGACAUCGCUGGAAAGAGGUGCGACACGACAAUAAGGUGACUUGGCUGGCUUGUUGGAACGAAAAUAUACAGAAUAAUUUCAAAUAUAUCAUGCUUAAUCCAUCCUCUCGUCUUAAGGGUGAGAAAGAUUGGAAAAAAUAUGAAACGGCUCGUCGUCUGCAUAAAAUUAUUGAUCGUAUUCGAGCGGACUACCGCGCCGAUUUUAAGCACAAGGAAAUGCGAAUUCGUCAACGGGCUGUUGCACUGUACUUCAUCGACAAGUUGGCACUUCGUGCUGGCAACGAAAAGGACGAGGACGAGGCAGACACUGUCGGCUGUUGCUCCUUGCGAUUCGAGCACAUCAAACUUCACGAAGAACUAGACGGAAAACCUUACGUCGUCGAAUUCGAUUUUCUGGGAAAAGAUUCGAUCCGUUACCAAAAUGCUGUCUCUGUUCCCAAGCGUGUUUUCAAGAACGUCAGGCUUUUUCUGAAAAACAAGAAAGAAAAUGACGAUCUAUUCGACAGACUUAAUACCACAGUACUGAAUCAGUAUCUUCGUGAGUUAAUGGAAGGAUUGACCGCGAAAGUUUUCCGUACCUACAACGCGAGCCGCACACUAGAGGAACAAUUGGAGCUACUCACAGACCCGAAUGAUUCACCGCAGGCAAAGCUUCUUGCUUACAAUCGAGCGAAUCGUGCCGUAGCCGUGUUGUGUAAUCAUCAGAGAGCGGUACCGAAAACAUUUGCUAAGUCCAUGGAAAACUUGCAGAAAAAGAUCGAUGCAAAACGUGAGCAAAUUAUGGAAAUCACAAGCGAAGCAAAACAGAUCAAAGCAGACUAUAAGCGACGCAAAGAUGUUGCUAAAAAGGUCGCCUAUGAGAAGUUAAAAAAGCGUCUAAGCACUGCGAAGGAGCAGCUAUCGAAACUACAACUGCAGGCCACAGACAGAGAUGAAAACAAAGAAAUCGCAUUGAGUACGAGCAAGCUGAAUUAUUUGGAUCCUCGUAUUACCGUUGCCUGGUGCAAACGAUUCGGUAUCCCAAUAGAAAAAACGUACAACCGAACUCAACGGGAGAAAUUCCAGUGGGCCAUCGAUAUGGCGACCGCCGAUUUCAAAUUCCUGGACGUUAACUCUGAUCGCAGCACUAACAAGUUGAAGCCGGAGGACAGUGACGAUGAAGUGAACGAGGAUUGCAACGAAGAGGAUGAUUAAGCUCGUGCGGCCUGCGCCCCAGUGCGCCCGGCGUUUCCAUCUUUCACUGUGACGCGUUCGCUGAACUGUGUUCCCUGCCUCGUCCCCCACUGGAAGGAGCAGCCGUGGUUAGCGCGUUUGUAUGUGAAUUAACCGCUCUGUCCGUUCUCUCUUCUUCAGUGGUGUUUGCCUUUCAUUCCACUCCUUGUUGGUUUUCGCACUCUACUCAACCCCCCUAGGUACUAUGCACGAGGAACUGCCAACUGUACCUGGACCGUUGUGGACGUGUUACUUUCACAUGAUCUAUGUAUACUUACGUGUGUUUGCGUGUGCUACGCAUCUGAGCGUAUUGCAUUCGUGCGAAAAGUAUGUUCACUUGUACCAUCUUUCAUCCUGGUAGGGUCUCUCUGCGUCACCCCCUCACUAUGUCCCUCUCGCCGCAAACGGACGCUUGAUUGAUUUCUUUCUCUACUUGGGCUGGUUUUUCUCUUCAAUUGUCUUCAAUUGUCAAUAUCGCAUUGUAUGUGUACACACUUACUGCGUAUAUCUUACGCGGCUCACUUUGAUCAAGUUCAUCACUGUGUCAAUCAGAGUCUCAUUCAAUUUCACUCCCCGUACAACGACGACAACGAUGCAUGCCCGUCAUCAUUACGUAGCCCCACUGCUUUCUCAUACCUUUAUAUCCGCUGAAACUUGUUCUGCUUUAUCCUGUUUGAUGGCGCGUUUGUCCUUGGCUGCAUGAGAUCCUCAGACGGAUCUUCCCCACUCUCUGCCUAGGCCGGAUCUAGUUUUCCCCCCAGCUGUUAACGCUAUAACUGCUAUCGUUCGCUAUGCAUGUGGGACGGUUGCACGAACACGAACAUUCAGAAUGUAAAUGUUUUAUGCGUCUACCCCUUUGUUGUCUUUCUCCUAGACCAAUCCCAUUUCAUUGUAAGCGACUUUUGCCGUGUGUCAAUUCAAUCCCCAUUUCUGCAUCAGAAGCUUCUCGGGACUGUCUUAACUCAGUUUACCCGUGUUCAGCUAUUGUGGUUGGAAUAUUGGCCCACCAAUAAAACGUCACACGGACCAUAUCAGGUCACUGUACGCCGGGGCAUCUCUGGUUUGCUACUGCUUAUUUUGUAAUAAAGGCUCGAGUAGUGCCAUCAUUCCGUGGUAGCUCGAAGCGGGUACUACUGCGCUAAUUGUCAGUAGUAUUCAAGCCGGGCGGUAACGAGCUAACAGUAGACCAUACAAAC